CGCGCCACGCCGCUGUGUAGAUUCUUGACUGGAAAGGACCGGAAGGGAGGAGGAGGAGGUAGGAAUGCCGCCAAAGUCAGGGAAGAAGCGAACCCCGCCGUCCGAUCCCAAUGGAAUCUUCGCCGGAAUGGUCGUCUUCUUCGUCGACGUCGGAGUCCAGCCGCGUCGAUUACAGAUAUGGAAGCAUAGAUUGGAGCAAAUGGGGGCUGCUAUUGAAGACCGGUUGUCGAAGAAGGUCACUCAUGUCUUUGCUACGAGUUCGGACGCUAUUCUCCAGAAAAUUGGGCGAGAACGAUUGUCUCAAUUUAAAGGAAGCGUUCUUCUUUACAACUGGCUGGAGGACAGUUUGACUGUAGGGGAAAAAGUAUCUGAAACACCUUACAUCCUAGCACUGGAGUCAGGAGUUGAAGCUCUGAAAGAACCUGCAGAGAGAACUCUUCCUAAAGCUGAUAAUGGAAAUGAUUCUGGUGAUCUCCAAAAAUCAAAGCUUAAAAAAAUUAAAACCAGCCCAGAGGAUCCCAACAUGACUACAAAAAAUAUGGAUAAUGAACAUAAUAAAGCUCUACAUGAAGUGCAGACAGCCAGUGAUUCUGAUUACUCAUCUCCUGCUGAAAGCCCAGUUGAGAGCAGUCCCACUACCCCUGAUGCUCUAACACAUGCUGUUGGAACUUCAGACUCAGCUUUGCAUUAUAAUCCACCCAACCAAAACAGUAAUAUCACAGGGAUAUUUGGGAAGCUCGUGAUCAUAUAUAGAGCACUGGGUGAUGAUCGUAGGUCUUUUAGCUAUUACAAAGCGAUUGCAGUUAUUGAGAAGUUGCCCUACAAAAUCGAAAGUGUUGAUCAGGUCAAACACUUACCUGCCAUAGGGAAAUCAAUGCAGGAUCAUAUUCAGGAGAUAGUGAGUACCGGAAAGCUUUCCAAGUUGGAGCACUUUGAGACUGAUGAGAAGGUGCGAACAAUCAGCCUAUUUGGGGAAGUAUGGGGCAUUGGUCCAGCCACUGCACUGAAACUUUAUGAGAAAGGACAUAGAACUCUAGAUGAUCUGAAAAAUGAUGAUUCAUUGACCCAUGCACAGAGGUUAGGAUUGAAGUAUUUUGAUGAUAUCAGAAUGAGGAUUCCACGUCAUGAGGCUCAAGAGAUGGAACUUAUUCUGAAGAAAACCGCGGAAGAUAUUUUACCUGGGGUGGUGGUUGUAUGUGGAGGAUCUUAUAGACGUGGAAAAGCUUCUUGCGGAGAUUUAGACAUUGUAAUUACCCACCCUGAUGGCAAAAGUCAUAGAGGCUUUCUGUGGAAAUAUGUGAAGCAUCUGAAGGAUAUGAAGUUCUUAAGGGAAGAUUUAGUUUUCAGCAUUCAUAGUGAGGAGGGUACUGAUGCAGGAGUUGACACUUAUUUUGGCCUUUGCACUUAUCCUGGUCGGGAGCUACGACAUCGCAUAGAUUUCAAGGUCUAUGCAAGGGACAUUUAUGCAUUUGGACUAAUAGCUUGGACAGGGAAUGAUGUAUUGAAUAGGAGACUGAGAUUACUUGCAGAAUCCAAGGGAUACCGACUCGAUGACACCGGGCUGUUUCCUGCUACCCAGAGUUCCGGCAGUAAACGGGGCACCAAAGGCAGCGCAAGUUUGCAUUUUAGGACAGAAAAAGAAGUGUUUGAAUUCCUGGGAUUUCCUUGGCUUGAACCUCAUGAGAGGAAUCUGUGAUGUGUUAAUACGGUUGUGCUCAGGCUGUUACAUAAGCAGGCUUGUAGGAGUAUAGAAAAACCAGCUUGCCUUUGCUAGUUUUUGUCUUGGCACACUGUUUAUUUUCUGCUACUUAUAAUAAUACUAUCCGCAAUCUUCCCUUUAAUUUAACAUGUGAACCUUGAUUAAAAUCAAGAUGAUUUGAUUAUAUAAGAAGAUGACUAAAUAAAUUCUUUUUUAUU